AUGUCUUAUGUUGUUGUCCCCCCGGGACAAUCGCCUCCUUUCGAGGUGGUUGAUGACCAACAUCAUGGCGCAUGGAUUAUUAUUGCUACCGCACUUGGGGUGGCCAUCAACUUGGUGUGCUGGUUGAUUCGACUAUAUGUGCGAUUCGUCUUGACUUCGACCUUUGGAAUCGCUGACUGGAUAUUGGCAGCGUCCUCGGUGAUUGCUUUGAUACAAUCAAUCAUAAUCCUGGUGGCAGCCCAUUAUGGAUUUGGCACAUCGAUAGACUUAUUGAAACCUGGCAUUGUUGUGCAUAUUCAGAAUAUGCUCGUCACCAGUGAUGUCUUCUACAUCAUCAGCCAGUACCUUUCCAAGAUAUCCGUCAUGGCUAUUUUACUUCAAUUGACGCCGCAGAGAAAACACAACCUUGCGACAUGGGUUGUAGGUGGUGUUUGCACGGCAUGGCUCGUUGUAUCGGUUUUACUCAUUACCGUUGACUGUGAGGCCAACAAGCCUUGGAAACCUGCUGCUGAGCAUUGUACGAACCUCCUUCCUCGAUGGCGGUUUAUCACUGCUGUGGACAUCAUCACGGAAAUCGCAUGGCCGACACUCGCGCUUGCCGUAGUAUACGGCGUUAGAACCUCUCUAGAUCGGAAGAUCCUCAUCAUGUCUGCAUUUGGCUCGCGUUUACUGAUUAUCAUCUUCACUGUGUUACACUUGCAAUACGAAGGACCCGCGUCCAAAUCGCUCGAUCCAACACUCGCAUUUAUCGAACCGUAUCUGUGGAUCGAGAGUGCGAUGCAUUAUUCUUUGAUCGCGUGCACUGCAUUCUGCCUGCGGCCCUUCAUGAUCGCCGUGAGUACAAACUAUGGCGCUGCAGGAGACGAGUUUUUGAGUAGCAGUGGUGGGGGUGUUGGCUCUGCAAGUGGAAGUCGCGCAGGCAAUAUCCGUGACAGCUACGCCAUGAAAGCCAUGUCACGCUCCUCGCGGAAGAAAACUGGUGGUGGCAGCACGGCUGGGAACAGUGUCCUCCAGUCAACUUCAUCGGCCGUCGUCGGAGAAAGAUAUGAAGGAUAUCUCGGUACUGGAGUGGAGCAUGGUCCCCCUGUCGAGGCUAUGAGGCGGGAAACGAGCGGCCAUGACGCGAGCAGCGUUGGGAGUAACGAAAGCACAAAGAUGAUUAUUCGUAAGGAUAUGAAUUAUACAGUGGAAUACGAGCAGCUGUCGCCCUAA